AUGGUCCAUCUCGCUGAAACGACCAACCCGUGGGGCGGUCACUCGUGGAUUUCCGACUCUCCCACCAAGACCGCCCUCCCCCUCGACAACAGUACCCUCUAUGAAAAGACCCCUUCGGGCGCCACCAACACCUCCCGCAGUGUUGGCAACAAGCUCUUCCACUCCUCCCUUUUCGACAUCGGCAUCCUCCGGGACACCCUCCUCCCCUCUUUGACUCUCCACUCCGGCCUGGCCCUUGUCGCUUACGGCGCCGGCCGCUACACCAACCGGCUCGAAACCAAAGACUGGCUGUGGCCCUCUGGCCAGGUCCUUAACGCCUGGUGGUCCGCCCUCGGUAAGCGUGUCAUCUGCGACGGCAUUCCUCUAUCCAGCGCAUGGGCCAUCGUCGACCGCCCCCAGCGGCUGCUGCUGACGGGCGUCACGCUCUGGGGCUCGCGCCUCUUCUGGCGCAUCGCCAACCGGUCUCUUAAGCGUGGCAGCGGAAAGGAUGAUCCCCGCUAUGAGACGACCAAGAAGCAGGCUGGCUGGUCGUGGAACAAGGCACUGUUCACCACCUACCUACCCGAGGCCGUUUUCCAGAGCUUGAUUACUUUGCCGUUUACCGCACCGUUUAGACACUUGGCUGGGUCCGAUACUGCUUGCCCGUGGGCGUUGAGCGGGGGCUACGCGGCGGUCGGGCAGGCGGUCGCCGUCGGACUCUUCAGUAUGGGAUUCGCGUUGGAGGUUUUGGCGGAUUGGCAGCUGGAGAAGUUCAAGGAGAAGGAGAAAGAAGGCAAGGAGAGUCAUAAUGCUAUGUGCCGCGAGGGCGUUUGGAGUAUUGUUAGGCAUCCGAACUACCUCGGCGACAUGCUAGUCCACCUCUCCUUCCCGCUCCUCCUUUUCGCCAGCAACGCCCUGCAGCCCAUCCACCUCCUCGGCCCCUUGACCAACUACAUCUUCCUCCGCUACGUGUCAGGCGACAAGGAGAACGAGCACAGCCAGGCCCGUCGCUACAGCACCGAGAACGUCAACAAGAAGAUCGACUUUGACAAGUACCGGCGCGAGGAGAACGCCUUUUGGCCCGACAAGAGCCAGGUGUCCAACAAGUGGACCUGGAUCGUCGUCGGAGCUGGCGUGGCUGGUGCCCUCCUGGAGGGCCUCGUCACAAAGGUCAUCGCGUGA